AGGAGUGCGAUGACGACGAUGGGCGAGCACCAGGCCGCAUGGAAGUGAAGGGUGGAUCAUCGAGUGGGUUGGAAGCAUUAAAGGACUCAGAAUAUCGAUGGGAAAGCAUCAAUGUCACGCGAUCUGCGAUUUCUUCGGAAGCUUUGGCUUCUUUGUGCAGUUUGUUCUCGCUGUGCUUUCAUUCUCAGCUUUGAUAGUGAAAAGGAAUCAAGAGAAUCCGCGAAGGCCCAUGAAGGUCUUUCAGUAUGACGUGGCAAAGAACGGCCUGGGCGCUUGCACAGUUCACUUCAUGAACAUCUUCAUAGCGAUGCAGUUCGCAGGCAAGGAGGACCCUUGUCCCUGGUACUUCAUCCAGAUCCUUUUCGACACCACCGUCAUCGUUUACGCCAACUUUGUUGUCCUGCGCUGGCUGGAGAAGGUGGUACAUUCUCACUUUGCGACGGAUGUCAGCAGUGGCGACUACGGCGACCCUCCCCAGAUCACUCGAUGGUUCCAUCAGCUCGGCGUGUGGCUGACGGUUGUUGUUGUGUGCAAGAUAGGGAUCACCUCCGUCGAGUACGUCUUCAAGAACCCACUGGCUGAGUUCGGCGCCAUCAUCCUGGCGCCUCUCUGCUUCAACCCACAUCUCGAGCUCUUUAUCGUCGUCGUCUUCCUUCCCCUCAUUCUCAACGCCUUCCAGUUCUGGAUCAUGGACUCGUACCUCAUGUACAGCAACGAGUUGCACGCCAAGAUCCCGUCCAACGGCCUCAGUACCUCCUUCAUAGGCAGCAACUACGGCAGCAACUCCAUGACCCUCCACUGAAGCAGCUGCCUAGCUGGCAGGGAGCAGCUCGGGAGACAUGGGAAGGGGGGCGGAAAGUAAAGACGUCUAGAGCAAUUAUUGAUAUUUAUUGAGUGAAAGUUGUUGGUACUAUCG